AGUGUAGGUGAGGUGUGAAGUGAUGCCCAAGGAGCAGCCGACGGCACAGGAUUUGAUGCAGGACGACUUAAGCAGCAGGGGAUCCCACGUGGAACGGUUCCUCAGUCCCACCAUCUUCUCAGAUCAACACCGCAGAGAUGAUCAGCAGCCUCUCCACGGCGAGACCCGCCACUUGGCCGGAGGCGAACACACGACGAGGCAAAGUGAGGCACGGUCUGCUUCUCAUCCAGACAAUUGGCUGUGAUGGUGGCAGCACCAUAAUUCACGACUAAUGGCCUGGACCGAGAGAGAGAGGGAGGGGGAGAGAGUGAGAGGUGGAGUAGGAAUCAGUCAGAGAGAUGCUGCAGGCGACUGGAGACAGAUGCCCUGCGUCACGGACAAUCAGGAGGAGGGAGAAAGCCUUUUGCAGAGGAGACACCAACCUGGACACGGUCAGGCCAGCAUCAUCUCGGCAUUCUCUCCGGUAUCGCCAAGUGUCUCUCGGAUGCCGGACGCCCCGUGUUCUGACACCAUGCUCGUACUCUUAUCGUUGCUGUUCGCCGGCUUGGCCUGCUUACCGGCUGCUCCGGCAGGCAGAGAAGUCUACAGGAUGCCCCAGAGUGCACUCAAAGCUCUGUCCGAUCGUGGCACAGUGGUCCUAGAGGCAGCCAUGAGCAGCGCCCUGUCCGCCCUGGACCGAGCAUCGUCCGAGAGGAGUCGGGCGGAGGCGGGCUGCAGGGGCUGCGCUCCUUGCUUGUUUCAGGACUGCGGGCAGCCCUCUGGAUCUUGCACUUCUCCCGCCACCGCCUUGGCAGAACCCAGCUGCGAUGUCAUCAGCAAAGCGCAGAAGCUUCAAGAUGAAGGCGAGCGGAGUUGGGCCCUGAGCCAGGCCUGCGCUUUCUACCAACGCCGCUGUCAAGUUGGCAAUUUGGACAAAGAGAGCUGCAUCCGAAUCAUGGGUGAGAGUUGCAGCGCCCGCGUCCUCCAGUGCAGCUUGCUUAACACAAUGCAGAACCUGGAACCCGCCACUCAGAGCCAUGUGCAGGCCGUGUGUGGUCAGAGGUCAUCGUCGACGCAUAACGUAACCCAGCCUCGUUCCAGAAUCGUGGGUGGGUCCCCUGCGCCGCCGGGGAGCUGGCCCUGGUUAGUCAAUCUGCAGCUCGAUGGGGGCCUGAUGUGUGGAGGAGUUCUAGUGGAGAGCUCCUGGGUGGUCACUGCAGCACACUGUUUCGCUGGGAGCCGCAGCGAAAGCUACUGGACGGCCGUAGUGGGCGAGUUUGAUAUCACCAAGGCUGACCCCGAUGAGCAGGUUCUCAAAGUCAACCGCAUCAUCCCUCACCCUAAGUUCAACCCAAAGACGUUUAACAACGAUAUCGCCCUGGUGGAGUUAACAUCUCCGGUGGUUCUGUCUGAGCGGGUCACCCCAGUGUGUCUGCCCUCUGGGAUGGAGCCCCCGACUGGUAGCGCUUGUCUGGUGGCAGGCUGGGGUUCCCUCUAUGAAGAUGGCCCAUCUGCUGACAUUGUAAUGGAGGCUAAAGUUCCUCUACUGCCUCAGAACACGUGUAAGAAUGCACUGGGCAAAGAGCUGGUCACCAACACCAUGCUGUGUGCCGGCUAUCUAUCAGGAGGGAUCGACUCCUGUCAGGGUGACUCCGGAGGCCCGCUGAUCUACCAGGACAGAAUUUCCGGUCGCUUCCAGCUUCACGGUAUCACGUCCUGGGGAGAUGGAUGCGGGGAGAAGGGCAAGCCUGGAGUUUAUACCCGCGUGUCUGCUUUUUCUGACUGGAUUCAAGUUGAAAUACAAAAAUCAUUUGGCAGCAGGGAACCCACAUGCCCGGAACUUCUAAAAACGACAGAAAUGACAGAGGAGGAGCAAAGGUCAGAGUUCAGCACUCUGUGUCGCUUCUACACCCUCACCUGCCCUCCUGGCCAGCCGAGCAACGUUUGCAGCCGAAUGGCCGAGGACAAAUGUCUCACCCGUUUCAAGAAAUGUCAGCUACGUUCCUUCCUGCAGACUCUGCUGGACCUGCUCCAGAGUGCUGAAGACUACAUCAGGGACAAAGUGGACUUAACCUUCUUCACCCAGACGCUCCCUCAACUGGUCGAACACAUCUACAGCACGGCUUUUUCUCACAGCAGAGACAAGAGAGAUGUGGAGAUGAAAGAGCAGCAAGGUGGCGCCGUGACACCAAUGGAGCAAGGUUCCUCUUCAGUUCCUCCAGCUUUGUUCAAGGCGUUGGGCCCUUCGGUAGAGGACUGGGAGAAUUACUUGGUAACCAUCGCUGACAACAUGGAGACACAGCCCAAUGACACCACACAGGAAGAAAAAAUGUUCUUACAGGCAGGGGACUACUCGGUCCUCCAGCUUGAGAAGGAAUACCGAAAUAUUAUCUCAGCGUUACGCUCCAAACUUGACUCCAAAACGGCUUUGCCCACCCUCCGCUUGGAUCCAUCUUAUCUCCAGGACCGUCCUCCUCUUCUUCCAACAUCUUCCACAGGGCUGCAAAGCAACACUGGUCCUUUCUCUUCCCUCAAAUCUCAAAAGCCUUGGUCGCUUCUAACGGCACUAAUGACCGGAAUUGAGGAAUUACGGACACCGAGCGAUGAGACACAAACGGAAGCAUUUGACCCUUCACCUGAUGCCACGUGGGACAAACCGCUUGCGUCAGCAUUAACUACAGUUCUCCCAAUGGUUACGGGAGAGCUCGCAAAGACCACAUCUCAGCCUCAGAUCGUGCACGCUGGUCAUCCUUCCAAUCGCCACAGAAGACAAAGAAGCCUUCUUCAUAAGAGACAGACACCCGGUCCCGGUGGCAAAGUUUGUCCCGGUGUUCGAGAGACUUCGCAACGAGUCAGUCAAGUGAGAGACUCGUACCACUGGGUGCUGAGUAUCCCAAACAAGAACCUCCGUAUGAGCUUCCAAGAGGUCUUAGUCGAUCUGAGCUCCAAGAACGAUCGAGGACUUUAUCAAGCAAGGCUCAGAGCUGUCAUAGGAGGACGACCUCUGACCUUCUACAGUCUCGUAGGCCUGGAAAAUGAAUCAUUUUAUCGCAGUGUGCCAAGGAUCAUCUCUUUAGCGCUGGAGGCCCUGAAGACUUAACGUCCUCGGAAGCGUAAGAAGAAAAAUGGAGGGGCCACCUUGGGUCCUCGUGGUGGGACUCAAACUGUUGUUUCCUACCGUGGAGAGGAUCCUGGAGGAAAAAACUAUGAAUGUAUCCAUCCAGCUGUCAAGCAGCUCUCACAACAGCCUUGUCUAACUUAUGAAUCUGUACAAACGCUAAGUUAUUCUAUUCUCCAUAUCGCCACAAAGUCUUUUGCAAAGGUUGAACCUCUUGUGAAGAACACAGACUGUCUAUAAUGUUCAUAUCUUAUUUAUUUUUAUAGAGAAAAUCAUUUGUAUUUUUGUAAAAGCAAAAAAAUAAAUACAGUAUGAGUGAC